AGUGCUGGGAGAAACGCAGCUGUUGAUGGCGCCAAAUGCAGACUGGCAACAGUUUACAACUUAAAUUAGUGUUGGCUCCGACAGCUGAUGCUAAGAAUGGAGAGACUGAAAGAGAACCAAAGAAGGAGCCAAUUGUAUGUCAGAAUGCUUCUUUUAACAGCAAUAUUUCCAAAGUAGUUGUAGUCUUUCUAAUUGGAGCAAAUUCACAAAACGUUGGAUCAUUUUUAGAAAAUAACUGGGUCACUUACAGCAGCAGCUAUUAGCAUGUCCACACUCAGAGUCUAUGUUGAGAGGGGGAGGGCUUUGGAGGGUAAAAGGGACAGAGGGGUUGUAUUUUUAUAAACCAUGUGUUCCCCUGCACGUCUGACAGUGAUAAAGUAGAAAGGCUCCCAGAGCAGAACUGGUGUGCCUUUCAAAGACAAAAGAAAGUGACGCAGACUCCACCAAGGGGCUCAAAUGGACACAAAGAGCAAAGAAGAGGAGAACACUUUAAUUCAAAAACGACUUAAGGUCUCAUCAGGAGGACAAAUGGACAUGGAUUUAAAGACUGAAAACUCCUCAAAUGGCUUCUCAACACAGAUCAACUUGGAGAAGUUGCAAAAGAUGGCUGCAGAGCUGAUACUGCUGGGAAAAUUCCUCGUGAGACUCCUGAAUGCUGCUCUGGUGUUUGUAACAAACUUGCUGGCCAGGAUGUUAGGGAGCAAGCUGGUGAGAGGACACUUCCACCUGAUGCUGUCUGCGUUGCUGCUGUUUGGUCCUGUGCUCAGCCUCUGGGUGCCAAAGUACAGCAUCUUCGCCAACAGCAACAACUACCUGUACAGGAAGUUCUUGAAGUCUACUUGGGGCUGGACCUGCAUCUUCUCAGGUUCCUUCAUUCUUCUCCUCUCCAUCUCAGCCCGUCACCCCCGCUCCCUCCUCCUGCGCCACCUCUCCCGGAUCGUUGUGGUAGGGCUGCUCUUGUGUGUCUGUCACCGUCUCCUCACCCUGCUGGAGGACGCAUCAGGAACCUGUUAUGAACCUUUGAAAGGCUCCUCGGUACAGCUGCUCCUGCAUGAAGACCGCACAAAGCUCACCUGCCUCAGAGCCAACAUGGUGUGGAGAGGUUACGAAGUGUCCCAGGACGUCCUCAUCGUCUGCUUGUGUUGCCUGCUGCUUAUGGAGGAAAUGUCUGUCUUUGGUCCUUACCUUGCUCAAACAAAGAUGUCGCCAGGAGCCCCUUUGAGGUUAAUCUUCCUCCUGUGUGUAGUCCUUCUCUCUCUAUGGAUGUUCGUGCUUCUGUGUUUGCUUGCACACUUCCCAAAGUUCCCGGCCCAGCAUCUAGGAGGAGCUCUGGGCUACCUGGGAUGGAGGGGCCUCUAUCAGGGGUGGUACAGACUCAAACCCAGCUGGGGCUGUCCUGCUUUGCCGGGAGAGGGGCUUUUUACCACCACGGACCUCCACUAACAGCCUCAGUAGUUUGAAAAGCAUUAAUAGAUCAUGUUUUAGGGACAUGACAGACCUUUAAAGCUCAGGCUCAAGUCAAAAUGGCUUCCGUUUAGGGUUGUCAGAGAUGAAACACCAAAUAACUCUUGGCACCAUAUCAAUAUGCAAAUUACUUAUUAGGCCUGGUGAUAAUUUUUGUAUUCACAGGAAAUUGUGCCAUUAGUCCUGAAUGCUUGUACGGGUGUGUCAUUGGAAAACAUGCUUUUUGUAUUCUGUACCCUUACCAUAGAGUAUGAUGCAAAAAAAAGACUUUAAACUAAAUUGAUAGGUACAAGGGUUUUUAAGUCCCAUGGUAAACAAACAAACAUACUUUCUAAACCCUAUAGUUGUUUUUGAUUCCAUUAUAUUUGUAU